CGACGCGAGCACAGUCAUUCGAAUCCAGUAUUAGUGCGGUGUAGAGUGUUCGGUGUUUUGUAAUCCACUUACUCGAAUUUUUCUCUCUCUCUCUCUCUCUCUCUCUCCCUCUCUUUUUCUUCGUCUCUCUAUCUGUUCUUUUCUUUUUCUCGCGUGACUACGAUCGAUUAGUGUGUAAAAAUGCCUUUCAAGCCCGUGGAACAUCCAAAAUGCCCUAAAUGUGGCAAAUCUGUUUAUGCUGCAGAAGAGCGAGUUGCCGGUGGACUAAAAUGGCACAAAACGUGCUUCAAGUGCGGUCUUUGCAACAAGGCUCUCGACUCGACAAAUUGUGCCGAGCACGAGCGCGAGCUGUAUUGCAAAGUCUGCCACGGCCGCAAAUUCGGCCCUAAAGGCUACGGCUUUGGUGGUGGAGCUGGCUGCCUGUCCAUGGACCAAGGCGAACAUCUUCAAGCGAAGAACGAGGGUGAAUUUUCGCGAGGUUCGAACGCUAUUCUCGAGCCUCGAGCUAUCGCCAAGGCACCCGAGGGAGAGGGAUGUCCUCGCUGCGGAGGCUACGUUUAUGCAGCAGAGCAGAUGUUGGCCCGAGGAAGGCAAUGGCACAGGGAAUGCUUUAAGUGUGCCAACUGCGCGAAAAGAUUAGACUCCGUCAACUGCUGCGAAGGUCCUGAUAAGGACAUUUAUUGCAAAGGUGAGGACUCGUAUGCUACGGAAAGAGGUUCGGACCGAAGGGUUAUGGCUAUGGCCAGGGUGGCGGCGCCCUGCAGAGUGACUGCUACGCCAAUGGGUGGGUUUUCAGAGUCGGGACUGAGAUGGGAAGCACGCGAGAAAGAGAAAUCCCGCCUCGGCUUCUACACUUUCACUAUAUAUGAUGCGCUUGUCUGCUUAACAGCUUGCUAUCCGAAGAAAUUCGGUCCGCGGGGUAUCGGCCACGCCGGGAUUAUGUGGAUCGGGCUGCAGUGCGAUAUUGAGGACGAGGGCGAUGCGGCUCCUCGCACCACCGUAAUCGACACCGCGAUUAUCAAGGCCCCGCCCGGCAAGGGUUGUCCCCGCUGCGGUGGCGUCGUCUUCGCCGCCGAGCAGGUGCUCGCCAAGGGUCGCGAAUGGCACCGGAAGUGCUACAAGUGCCGCGACUGCACCAAGACCCUGGACUCGAUCAUCGCCUGUGACGGCCCGGACCGGGAUGUUUACUGCAAGACCUGUUACGGCAAGAAGUGGGGACCGCACGGAUACGGAUUCGCAUGUGGCUCGGGAUUCCUCCAGACCGACGGACUCACGGAAGAAGAAAUUUCAGCCAGUCGACCUUAUUACAAUCCUGAUACGACCUCGAUUAAGGCGCCAGCUGGACAGGGUUGCCCCCGUUGCGGUGGCAUGGUGUUUGCCGCUGAACAACAGCUCGCCAAGGGCACCAUGUGGCACAAAAAGUGUUUCAAUUGCGCCGAGUGUCACCGACCCUUAGACUCCAUGCUGGCAUGCGAUGGCCCUGACAAGGAGAUCCAUUGCCGCGCGUGCUACGGAAAGCUCUUCGGGCCCAAAGGUUUCGGAUUCGGCCACAAACCGACUCUCGUCUCGACGAAUGGAGAUCAUGCCCCUUCAUACAUCGAGUCAAAGCCUCAGGUCGGCCAGAAGCGAAACGAUGGACACGGUUGCUCGCGCUGCGGCUACCCGGUGUACGCUGCCGAGCAGAUGAUCUCAAAGAACCGCGUAUGGCAUAAGCGGUGCUUCAGCUGCGGUGAAUGUAACCGUUCCCUGGAUUCGACGAACUUGAAUGACGGUCCGGACGGAGACAUCUACUGCCGCAGUUGCUACAACCGGAAUUUUGGGCCUAAAGGCGUGGGCUUCGGAAUUGGCGCGGGUACCCUCACGAUGGCCUAAUUGAUAGGCCCUACCCCCACACACGCCGCUCGAGGAAAAUCCUCGAUCCAGUCUUAUAUAUUAAUGUAAAUACAUCUAUAUAUAGAGGCGUCUGACUGUGUAUUCGACGACAGACGAACGCGCUGCUCCGGGAAUUUCGAUUUCUCCUAUUCUAGCUUACGACGAUUCGAUAAUGUCGAUGACUACAUUUUCAUUAUCGCGAACUGCGCUGUAGUGGAGAAUAAUGGUGUCUAAUUCCACAAGGUCGCGAUGAGACUCGAUCGUGCACGAGUAAGCCACUGCAGACUGUUGAUAAUGUUGCGAUAUGAAAUCGCGCAUUGUAUGCAUGAGAUCGUAUUACAGAUAAAUUUAUUAUUGAACUAAUUGUAUAAUUUAUUUAUUCGUAAUACGACUCAAGAUACAAAUUUGUCAUUUUAAUAAUGGCACAGUAAUUUUUCCCAUUUCGAAAUAUAUGAAGCUUUGACAUUAAAGAAAUUAAAAAGAUACGUUUA